UUCGGUGCGGCCGUGCGGGCCGUGCGGCCUAUACGGCUGCAGCUGGGAGGGUGGAUUGGGUGUUUGUUUUGAUACUAUCCAUGGUGCUCCUCACUUGUCAGUGCCCAGUCAUUGGCAUUAAGGAUCCCGCUUCGCAGUUCCCACCUUGGAAUGAACUUUCCAGUGCCUUCUCCUUCUGAUGCUCUUUUCUCCCCCUUCUUCUUGUAAUCAUCGGUCUGCAGCUGCAAUCCAUUCUCAAAGUCAUCGUCGACCAUGAAGGCUACCCACUUCCAGAGCGCUGCUCUCUAUCAUGGCCUCUCCACGUCCACAGCCAGAAGAAUCUCAAUGCCCAUCCGCAGACCUGCCCUCUCUUGCGCCUCCCGCCUAUCUGCUACCACCUCUCCGUUCAUAACCCUCUGCGCCAAACCCGCUUCCCCUAUUCAAUUCACUUCUCCUCAAGAUCAUGAUGAUGACGUUCCUGUUCCUGCUCUCCUCACAAAUCCAAAUUCAGAUAACUUCUCUCUUGGAUCUCCCGAGAGUGGAAACACACACUCACACUCACACUCCGACGUCAGACGCGAGAUUCUGCUGCUGACUUUGCCUGCCCUUGCCGGACAGGCAAUUGAUCCCAUGGCACAGUUGAUGGAAACAGCUUACGUCGGUCGACUCGGCACUGUGGAAUUGGCUUCCGCUGGUGUUUCCAUGACCAUCUUUAACAUCAUAUCAAAGCUUUUCAAUAUUCCCCUUCUAAGUGUUGCUACAUCUUUUGUUGCUGAGGACAUAGCCAAAACUGCUGCCGAAGAAUAUCUUUCGGAGCACAGUGGUAUACAAAAUAUUGGCAAUGGUAAAUCCUUCGAAAGAGGCAAUCGAAAAAAGCAAUUUUCCUCUGUCUCCACUGCUUUGCUAUUAGCACUUGGGAUUGGAAUUUUUGAGGCUUUAGCUCUGUUUCUUGGAUCCGGAAUAUUGCUAAAUUUAAUUGGUGUAUCAACAGAAAAUCCAAUACACAACCUGUCAAUACAAUUUCUCUCUCUAAGAUCAGUUGGAGCUCCUGCUGUUGUGCUUUCUUUGGCUUUACAAGGCAUUUUCCGUGGUUUUAAGGAUACAAAAACUCCUGUUCUAUGCCUAGGUAUUGGUAAUCUUUCAGCUGUAUUUUUAUUUCCAUUACUCAUGUAUUUUUUUCAGUUGGGAAUAGCUGGUGCCGCCAUUUCCACCGUUCUCUCUCAAUAUAUUGGGACUUUGUUGAUGAUUUGGUUUCUGAACAAGCGAGUUGAAUUACUUCCCCCAAGGAUGGAAAACUUACAAUUUGGCAAUUAUUUUAAAUCUGGCGGUUUCCUUAUUGGAAGAACACUUGCUGUUCUUACAACCAUGACACUGGGGACAUCUAUGGCUGCUCGUCAAGGUCCAGUAGCUAUGGCUGCACAUCAAAUAUGUAUGCAAGUGUGGUUGGCUGUGUCCCUUCUCACAGACUCAUUGGCUGCAUCUGCACAGGCCCUUAUUGCAAGUUCUCUAUCCAGAAAUGAAUACCAAAUUGUGAAGCAAAUUACUAAUUUUGUAUUAAUGAUAGGAAUGCUCACAGGUAUAUGCUUGAUGGUAAUUCUUGGUGCCUCUUUUCGAUCUUUGGCAACAAUUUUUACCCAAGAUUCUGAAGUGUUGCAGGUUGUCAGGACUGGGGUGUUGUUUGUUAGUGCUUCUCAGCCUUUUAAUGCUCUGGCAUAUAUUUUUGACGGUCUCCACUAUGGUGUAUCUGAUUUUCCAUAUGCUGGUUUCUCCAUGAUGGUUGUGGCAGCAAUAUCCUCAACCUUUUUGGUAUUUGCCCCUUCACAUUUUGGCCUUCAUGGGGUAUGGAUGGGAUUGGUUCUCUUCAUGGCACUCAGAAUGGUAGCUGGCUUUGUCAGAGUACUAUCAAAGAAUGGUCCUUGGUGGUUUCUGCACAGGGAUUUUCAAAUUGCUUAGAAGCUGCCCCAGAACGUGAAUACAGAUGAAGCACUGGAAAUGACAAAUUUCAGAAUGAGUCUCUGCAUCGAACACUAUAUUUAGAAGUUUACUCACUUGGUAUUUGGAAUUUCCGUUCUAAUUGUGCAGAAAAUAGAACUACUCAGAAGCACUUUUGUAGGUUGUUGCAUUGAAUUUAGAGAGAAAUUAGUUUAGUUACAUGAGAGUUAUCUGUAAAGGAAAUCCCCAAACCCCUCACGCACAUUUAGAAAUCGCAUUGCAGCAUAUUGGUCAAGUAUAUACACAGAAGCGGAGCAACCUCCAUUUUAUGGUCAGUCUUGGAAAAUAUCAUUUGUAGAAGGGUCCAAAGACUUCUUGAA